UCAUCCCCGUGCUCCCUGAUCAUUCCUAAUCGUACGUGUCUCCCUCCUCCGGCCCGGGAUGCCGCCGUCCGAGCGCUUCGCCGUCGAGGUCGUCUCCCGGACGCUGGUCCAAGCUUCGGAUCCACCUCGGGACUUCCCGGCCAUGCUCCCGGUCUCCAACCUCGACCUGAUCCUCGGCUCCUUCCACGUCUUCUUCAUCGCCGUGUACCCUGCCCCUGCCGCGGGGUUCCCUGCCCUGGCCGAGGCCGCGCGCGCCGCGCUCCCCGCGUUCCUCUCCCGGUUCUACCCCUUCGCCGGCCGCGUCGUCGCCAACGCCACCACCGGCGUGCCGGAGCUCGUCUGCGGCAACGCGGGCGCGGAGCUCGUGGUGGCCCGCGCCGGCCUGGCGCUCGAGGACGUGGACUUCGCCGACGCCGACGCCUCGCUGGGCGCCAUCCAGGUGCCGUUCGAGCGCGGGCUGGCGCUGUCGCUGCAGCUGGUGCGGUUCGCGUGCGGUGGGUUCUCGCUGACGUGGGGCACGGACCACCUGCUGGUGGAUGGCCACGGCCUCACCUCGCUGCCCAACGCCUGGACGGAGAUGCUCCGCUCCGACGGGGGCCUCUCGUGGGAGCCCCACCAUGACCGGCGCUCCCUCUUCCGCCCCCGCUCCCCGCCGCGGUACGCCCCGUCGCUGGACGCCGAGUUCGUGCGGUACGACCCGGGCGGUCUCCCCAACGUGCUCCUCGCCGCCGCCCUCGUGCGCCGGAACUACGUCGUCGAGGCCGGUGACAUCGACCGCCUCCGCGCCGCGGCCAGCACCUCCGGCCGCCGUGCCACGCGGCUCGAGGCCCUCUCCGCGCACGUGUGGAAGCUGCUCGCCGCGGCCGUGAGCGGCUCCGACACGCACUGCCGCCUCGCGUGGCUCGUGGACGGCCGGCGCCGCCUCGACCCCGCGAAAUACAACAAGGCCCACGUGAACAAUUACCUCGGUAACGUUGUCACGUACGCGUCGCGGGAGGCGGCCGUGGACACGGUGGCCUCGGCCACGCUCGCCGACGUGGCGACGAUGGCGGCGGCGGCCAUCGCGGAGGUGUUCCGGCAGGAGCGGUACGAGGAGCUGGUGGACUGGAUGGAGGUGCACAAGGGGGUGUUCAAGGAGGGCGGGAAGUGGACGGAGGCGGUGGGGCUGGGCACGGGGAGCCCGGCGCUGGUGGUGUCGGCGUUCGUGCCGUUCAGGGUGGACGGGGACUUCGGGUUCGGCCCGCCGCGGCUGGUCAUGCCGUGGGUGCGGCCGGGGAGGCUCGGGUCGGCGGCCAUGACGGUGAUUCGGAGCCCCGCCGGGGACGGGUCGUGGCUGGUGACUGCCAGGAUGUGGCCAAGGCUGGCCGACGCCGUGGAGGCAGACCCGGAGGCCGUGUUCAGGCCUGCAACCGCCGAGCGGCUCGGCUUCGCCGCCCCGCGCCACGGCGCCGAGCUACCGCACGCGGUGAGCCGCAUGUGAGCAUAGGCUCAGCUCAAUACUCCGACACACUACCAUGUUGGCACGUGCCUGGAGACACAAACGUCAAGCAUGGUCAAAUCCGGUGACUUCUUUCGGCCAACUCUUUAGCAGAUGAAGAAGAGCAAAUUGGCAAGCGUGAUUCCGCCGCCAUUUCCAAUGACAUUUUUUCUUCUUACUAACACCUUUUCUCCUCUUCUUUUACACUUAGAGGCAAAGUGAUGUGACCAAAUAUCUAUAGCCUUUUCGCUGAAUUUUGACUAUACCACCAGAGGAAUAGUUACGAUCAAGGUAGGCCAGCUGUUCCCCAGAAAGAUCAUGCGUCUUGCUGUCAGCCUCCAGCCAAACACAAAUGAGAUUUUUUCUUCUUACUAACACAUUUUCUCUUCUUCUUUUAUACUACUACUGGGUAUUACAUUUUCACGGUUUUUUGACCAUCCGACUGGAGGAACAGUCACGAUCAAGUGGCCAAAAAUAACGGAGGGUCAAGGGCACAUGAUUUCAGCAUUCAAUUUCACCUAUGGAUGUCAAGCAAGCCUGUUUUGCACAACAAGCACUGCAAAUUUGUUACUCGGGAAAUAAAUCUACAGAGCAGAACCAGGAAAAAUGCGGAGGAAACCUGACUCGCAGCAGGGCUUACAUUUAACGAAGCCAUUGCCGACAAGGCCGCAUGAUGGGUGAAGAAUGACACAAAAGCAACAGCCUGCAGCAUAAGAAUAGGAAUUCAGAGAC